AUGGCGGACUCCGAGGCCCCCGUCACCCUGCGAACUCGCAAGUUCAUCCGCAACCCCCUGCUUGGCCGCAAGCAGAUGGUCGUUGACAUCCUCCACCCUGGCCGUGCCAACAUCUCCAAGGAGGAGCUCCGGGAGAAGCUUGGUAGCAUGUACAAGGCGACCAAGGAACAGAUCUCCGUCUUCGGCCUCCGCACCCAGUUUGGUGGUGGCAAGACCACCGGCUUCGCCCUCGUCUACGACUCCCCCGAGGCCAUGAAGAAGUUCGAGCCCCGUUACCGUCUCGUCCGUGUCGGUCUCGCCACGAAGGUCGAGAAAGCCAGCAGACAGCAGCGCAAGCAGCGCAAGAACCGCCAGAAGACGCUACGGGGUACUGCAAAGGUCAAGGGCCCCAAGAAGAAGAAGGAGUAA